AUGAUCAUUAUUGUCCUGACGAAUAUCUGCAAUCAACGUAAUAUAACUUCGGUAAUGCGUCGCUUUCAAGAUGUCGAGAAGAGUCUUAUUGCUGAAGGUGGACAAAUAAAUUACACCAGCUUAUCCCGCAAAUUAAUGAUCCUUGUUUUCAUACUAAUUGGAGGGGAAAUGGUUAUGAUGAUAUACUACGAAACAACGUCAACUUAUCAAGCUGAAGAUGGUGUUACUUCUUUGAAGAAGAUCUUCACAUGGUUGUGGCUUUUUGUACCAAUAACUAUCACAUCUCUGGCCAGAGUGUGGUUCAUUGCGCUCAUGAACAUUUCCGAAUUGUAUUUAGGCAUAACUAAUGAAAUUCUGGACACUACUGGGGUAAAUCUGGAGGCUCAAGCUGAAUUUCCAGCAAGAAAAUGGACAAAAGAGCCAAUAUUUGAUGAUUCCCUGGGGCAGAAGUUGAUGCGUCUGUGUCACUUGCAUGCAGAACUGGGAAAAAUCUCUCACAGUAUCAAUCACAUCUUUCACCUUGAGAAUCUUUUGGCCAUGCUCUUCACUCUGCUCCUUUCAGUUACCCAGAUGUAUUUUAUCUAUCUAGCUGCUCUCAACCAACAAGUACCACCACUCUUUCGAGCUGCCGACAAUAUGAUUUUAUCCAUCUACUAUGUCCUUUUUGGGCUGUGGAAAGUAUUCUACGUGAUCUGGUCAGCAUCUCAAGUGAAGCAACAGGCACAGUUAACAGGAUCCUAUUUGCAUCAAAUUGCCAUUGCCGUUGAUGAAGUGCCUUGCUACAGGUUUAUUAAUCAACUUUCUGUUCAGAUUUGGCAGCAACGCCUGGAGUUUCCUGUUAUUGGAUUUUUCCUUCUGGACAUGAGUACCAUUGGCACCUUCAGUGGGGCCAUUCUUGUCUAUGUUGUAAUUUUGAUUCAGUUCAAUUUGGCUGGGGGUUCAUAA